AUGGGGAUAGUAGAAGGCAAACGAAAAUGGACCAAAGGAAACUCGCAGGAGGUGCGUUCCCUUUUUCAGCACCUCAAGGUGCGUUAUCCUACUUACAUCUUGAAGGUUCACAAACUAAAAGAGGAGUAUGAAGCACUUCAUGAGAAGUUUCCUGAAGUCCGGGUACAUUCCGAGGAAUUCAAACGCCGUAUCAAAGCGUUUCAAGCCGGGUUAAUUGAAUUGGAAACACAACUUCACGAUAAUCUACAGAAGCACGCUCCUGUUAUGGAUAACGACAACGUUGAUGGUGUUGCGAAGAAGGUCCUUUGGUCCAAUAGACAGAUUGAACUGACGCAGCUAAACACUGCCUUAAAGGCAUUAGAAGAUUCGGAAAGCCCAAUAGUUCCAGAGAGUUAUCGUAGUGUUCUGAAUCGGAUACAUGGCGACUUCAAAAGACUUGAUGGCGGCGUGACGCUUUAUCACGAAUUGUUGACAGCAUGUACCAGUGAAACCGCAGCAUUUGAAGCGAUCCUUGCGUUGAAACAGGAAGUUGAGGAACUUGACGCGCUACUGUCGCAGCACGAGACCGAAUUACAAGAAUUGGAGACGGACACCCAAACGCGGUAUGAGUUGUCGGAAGUGGCACUGUCAAUGUUUCAAGAGCGUUUUGAAGCGUUUAAGGCAGGUUGUGAGUUUUGGUAG